CGUGGGCGCCGGCGCGUAAUAAAAGGAGACGUUGGAGGCUUUCCCUUCCUCCAGCCCGAAUUAAACCCCUCUCUCUUCUUCCUCCGCUCCAUUCCCUUCUUCGUCUCCACGGAACCCAAAAUCGGAACCAAACGCCAUCCCAUGGCGUCCUUCCGACUCCUUCCCCUCGCGCUGCUGCUCUGCGCCUGCCUCUCGGCGCACGCGCGGACCUCGCUCCUGGAGCAGACCAUUCGGCUCCCGUCGCAGCGCGGCGCGGCGGGGCAGCAGGAGGUCGACGAUGACUCCGUCGGGACCAGGUGGGCCGUCCUCAUCGCCGGCUCCAACGGGUACUACAACUACCGCCACCAGGCAGAUAUCUGCCACGCCUACCAGAUUAUGAAGAAGGGCGGCCUCAAGGACGAGAACAUCAUUGUCUUCAUGUAUGAUGAUAUUGCACACAACCCGGAGAAUCCAAGGCCCGGUGUCAUCAUCAAUCACCCCCAGGGUGGAGAUGUCUAUGCUGGAGUCCCAAAGGACUAUACGGGGAAGGAGGUUAAUGUCAAGAACUUCUUUGCUGUCCUGCUCGGCAAUAAAGCUGCUGUGAGUGGUGGGAGUGGCAAAGUUGUGGACAGUGGCCCUAACGAUCACAUUUUCGUUUUUUACAGUGACCAUGGGGGUCCUGGUGUCCUUGGCAUGCCUACCUACCCAUACCUUUAUGGUGAUGAUCUUGUAGAUGUGCUGAAGAAGAAACACGCUGCUGGAACCUACAAAAGCUUGGUAUUUUACCUUGAAGCCUGCGAAUCCGGGAGUAUCUUUGAGGGGCUUCUGCCGAAUGACAUCGGCAUCUACGCGACCACUGCGUCGAACGCAGAGGAGAGCAGCUGGGGGACGUACUGCCCUGGAGAGUACCCGAGCCCUCCGCCAGAAUACGACACCUGCUUGGGCGACUUGUACAGCAUUGCUUGGAUGGAAGACAGCGAUGUCCACAACCUGCGAACUGAAUCUCUUAAGCAGCAGUAUGACCUGGUCAAGAAGAGGACGGCGCCUGAGAACUCAUACAGUUAUGGAUCCCAUGUGAUGCAAUACGGUUCUUUGGACCUGAAUGCUGAACAUCUUUUCUUGUACAUUGGGUCAAAUCCUGCUAACGACAACACCACCUUUGUGGAAGGAAACUCACUGCCGUCAUUCUCAAGAGCUGUUAAUCAGAGGGAUGCUGAUCUUGUUUACUUCUGGCAGAAGUACCGGAAAUUGGCUGAGAGCUCCCCUGCCAAAAACGAUGCUCGGAAGGAAUUGCUUGAAAUGAUGGCCCACAGAUCUCAUGUUGACAACAGUGUCGAGCUGACUGGAAACCUUCUGUUUGGUUCUGAGGAUGGUCCCAUGGUGUUGAAGACUGUUCGCACAGCUGGUGAACCUCUUGUUGAUGACUGGGGCUGUCUCAAGUCUACGGUCCGUGCUUUCGAAUCACAAUGUGGCUCUUUGGCACAGUAUGGAAUGAAGCACAUGCGAUCAUUCGCAAAUAUCUGCAAUGCUGGCAUCCUUCCUGAAGCGACAGCAAAGGUCGCGGCUCAGGCUUGCCCAAGCAUCCCAGCCAACCCCUGGAGUGCCACACACAAGGGUUUCAGUGCUUAGAUCAUAGGUUAAUCAAACUUAGUAUUUCGGAUACUGCACCAUACCAAUUUCCCUUCCUAUUCACACAGGGUUGGUAGUGCUUCAACGAACCUUGGUGAAUCAGCUAUGCGUUAUUUCAGCUAUUCUACAAUAGCAAGUUGCCUUAGUUAUGCUCGACUUAUGAUGUACAUAUACCAUAGUAGGAAGUGAUUUGGGAAUAUUACCUGUGAUUGCUGUACAUACUUGUGAUUGGUAAUAUGAUAUGUUAGAUAUAGCUCGCAACUCCCUGUAUGAAGAAUGCAUUCUUUCUAUUUCUAUGUCGCCUGAGUAAUCUCAUGUUGAACA